AGAAAAGUGGCACACAGAAAUGCUGGUUUCAUCAUUUUCAAACAACAACUGGGAGGACAAAGGAUGGGUUACAGCAAGCUGCACCUGUUCAUGCUGCUGAGCAGUUACACCUUUGCUCAGCAAGUCAUCCAGGAGAACACGUCGACCUGUUUAAUGGCCUCCAGAUUUAAGGCCAGUAAGAAAUAUGUGUACCAGUACACCACUGAGAGCAGGAAUGGUGUCGUGGGCACUGCCAACCUGAGGAACGGCCCAAAAGUGACUUGUAAGGUAGAGAUUGAAAUCCCUCAGACUUGUAGAUACGUCAUGCACACUACGGAGUGUACUCUCAGUGAGGUGUCGGCCAUGGAUCCUCAGGGCCAGCCCGUGUACAAGCAGGCACCUGGCUCUACAGCCUUCCGGGCAGCUAUGGCGAAGAACCCUCUGAAGUUCUCAGUGGAACAAAUCACCAGCGUUCAGCUGUAUCCUGAGCCAAGAGAACCAGUGAACAUCCUCAACGUAAAGAGAGGAAUCAUCUCUGCUCUCAUAGUUCCAGCCAUGGAUGAUGAAAAGAGCAGCCUCCUGAGUACAGUGCAUGGCCAGUGUUUUACCAACUUAAGGGUCAACACAAGGAAGAACAUUGCAGUCAGGGUGACCCUUUCGAGAGAUCUAUCACAGUGUGACCAGUUCUACAGCAGACAACUAACAAAUAGUCCACUUGCGAUGCUUCAAAAGCUGGUUGUGAAUGGUUUCCAGCAUAGCCCCAUGUCCAAGCUGAUCACAAGCAAACAAGACUGCGACUACCAGUUUGAUAAAAAAGGAACACACAUCACAGCUGCUUUGUGCAAAGAAAAACACACAUAUCAACCCUUCUCCAAUGGGGACAGUGGAAUAUCAUCUGUGGUAACUCAGGAGCUCAGCUUUCAGAGUUCCAGCAGGACCAACAGCCGAAUAUUUGAUGUUGACCCCAGCCAUAAGAAGCAACUCUACUUUGAAGAACCUGAAGAUUACUCUCCAUCGCAGACAAAGGAUGCUGCUCUCAGCACCAUGAGGGAGCUCCAAGCUUUGUCGCUGUCUGACCAGGGGCAAAAGAGAACAAGCCUUUUCCAUAAGCUGGUGUCCACCCUACGAACCUUAAGGAAUGACACUCUGAGUGGAACAGUCACUGAGAUGCUGCGUUCUUCAAAGUGGCUUACGUGGCAGGUCCUGCUUCAGUGUGGGACCUCGGAGUGCACCAGCGCCAUGCUUCAGGCCAUCCGUACCCUCGAUGGGGCGGCACUAGGAGUUGAUGCCCUGGUCUACGGACUAAGUCUCCAGGCAAACCCUGAUGCGUCACGAGUCCAAGAUAUGCUCAGUGUGGCUCAGUUUAGACAGAGCAAAGCCAUCAUGUAUGCUCUUGGCAACACAGUCAAGAAAUUCCAUAAAGGGAAGAUAACCCCGGAGGUCGCAGCUGUGUCAGAGUUCAUGAAGACGCUCUUAAAUGACUGCUCAGGAGAAAAAAAAAAUGAUUCUGAAGAUUUUCCGACUGACCCCGAGGAGACAUCCUUCCUUGUACUAAGGGUUGUUGGCAUCAUGGGUCAAGCAAUGCAAACUGCCAGCCCUACCCUCAUCUCCUCCAUUAUGAAGUGUGCCAAAAGAAAUGACAUUUCAUUAUCAAACCAAAAAUCAGCUGUACAGGCCUUCAGGCAGAUGCACAUUACUGAUCAGAUCAAAGACUUCCUCAAGGAGGUGUAUCAGCAGUCUCAGGGCCCUGUUGAGAAACGUGUUGCAGCUUACCUGAUCCUGAUGAAGAAACCAGACCGAGAUUUAAUCAGAGACAUUGUGAACAAUUUAGAGAGCCUGGAGGAUGAACAACUCAGGAGCUUUGUGGUCUCCCACCUGAAAAACAUCCAAAGGUCCAAUGAGCCACAACUGGACCGACACAGGCACUACAUUGCGCUCGCCCUGAAAGAUCAGCUUUUACCCACUAAUAACGCCAUUGCGGGCACGUCCCGCAACUACAAGAUCGACUCCCCCUUGGGUUCGGUGCGGGGCAACAUCAUAUUCGAUGACACGGACACUUUACCCAAAGAGGUGAUGUUGGAGACCACUCUGAAGGUUUUUGACUACAACUAUGACAUAUUUGAGUUUGGCAUUGAGGGAACGGGAUUUGAAGCAACAGUUGAAGCUCUUUUUGGAGACAAAGGCUUCUUCCCAGACUCCAUCUCCAAAAUCAUAUAUUGGGCAAGUGACCAGGCCCACAUGAUCAGAAGGGUUUUGAAAAAAAUUGCCCCCGACAGAGAGAGAAGAAAAAGACAGGCGCCACAGCAACUUAUUCAUGACAUUACAAAGAGUAUCCAGAAGGUCAUAAAUGAUGUGUUUUCUUCACCGACCCCUGAAGCCACUGUCUACCUACGGCUUCUUGAAAAUGAGAUGUAUAUGAAGACCAGCGAAAUGAGAAGGAUGGCAGAGACGCUAUUCAUGUACUUCCAUGCUUUCUUCCGACAUCUACCUCUUCAGACAUUUUUUGAAUGGACCUCUAGGACUGAUAAUGAAGUCUUCAUUCACUACAUCUUCAUGGAGAAUGCCUUCUCUCUGUCCACUGCCUCUGGCUUCCCUCUCAAGUUUUCUCUUGCUGGAGUGUUCGCACCCGGUGCCAAAGGAGGCAUGACGUUCUCCUCCAGCACAGGUCACCUGUCAUUUAUGCCAUCUGUCGGGUUAGAAUUCAUCACCCAAAUGGGAGUUCAUGCUCCAGAUUUUGUGCAGGCGGGGCUUGAGAUGCACACAAGCAUGUACCACGAGAGCUCGCUUAAUGCUAAAAUCACCAUCAACAGAAACCAAAUUAGACUGUCCGUCCCCGCUCCAAAAUCAAACACGCAGUUGUUCACUCUCAGCAACAAGCUGGUGUCAGUCUCCUCUGGCCGUACAAUGACACUACCAUCCCUUGUGACGGACACAACUGACUCAACUGACUGCCAUUCCCUCUUUAGUGGUCUCAAAAUCUGCACAGUUCUUUGUUACUCCAAUGCAUCCUCAAUGGACAAAGCCCCAUAUUAUCCUCUGACUGGCAAAACCAUGGCUACAGUUGUAAUCCAGCCCACAGGGGAUGUUUCAGAGUACACUGCCACCAUCAAGCGGGAUACACUCAGGGAAGGAAAAACUGGUCGCCGUGAAAUUGAUUCUCUGAGGCUAACCCUAAAGGCAGAAGGUGAUGACUCAACAGGCGCCACCGCCACUCUGAAAUAUGAUCACAGUAAGAAAGUUCUCGCCGCUGAGGUUGUCAUUCCAAACUACGAUGUUCAAGUUGGCAUCAAGAUGGCUGGAGCUGAUACUGAUGCUAAGCAACACAACAUGCGCAGCAUCAUUAUUGACAUCACCAGCAAGAACGUUCCACAGCUGAUGCUGGUGGGGCACACUAGACUUGAAUGGAUGAAGGAUGCUAUGCUGCAACUCCAAAUGAUCAUCCCAGCUCUAAAAACCAAUGCUUCUGUCACUGCAACUCUGCAAAAGCGUGAGGGCAUCAUCAUGGAUGUAGAGACAAAAAUCAACCUCCCUGAGACAUCCUACCAACAGACAGCUUCCCUCAUAUAUGAUAAGGAGACGUUUGAGGUGGAAAUGAAAUCUGACUUGAAUUCAGAGAUUCAGAAAAUAUCACCAACUAUAGAAGAUCAUCGCAGAAAGUUGAACCAACUCAUUGAUGAUAUCCUGGACCAGAAGGUUGCAAAAACGGAUAUGAAACUACGACACAUAGUCACAAAAGGAAUUGAGGCAGGUAACAUUUGGCUGGAUACGUUGACAUCGAGUAUCCCUGGCCUUGAAAACUUGGGGAAUAAGCGGAUACCGUCACAACUUAUUGUUCCAUCUCUGCCUGAGAAAAUGUUCCUGCGGGUUGACAACUUCUUCCGGUACAAGUUCAACAAGGACAAGAUGGCAGUCUCGCUUCCUCUGUCACUGGGAGGCAAGACAUUGGAGGAAUUAAAUAUCCCCAACUCCCUGUCAGUUCCUAUUUUAGACUUACCACAGAUAGGUGUACACAUCCCCGCAAAAAGUUACAAACUGCCAUCGUUCUCUGUGCCUCGUACUGUGGAUUUCACUCUGCCCCUUCUUGGUCUGGCUGAAGCGUCAAUCAAGGUCAACAGCAACUUCUACAGCUGGGAAGGCUUGAUUUUUGGUGGCAAUCACACUAUUGAUAGCCCCAUCUACACAAUACAAUACAAGGCCAUAGCCAAGUCACCGUUCAACCUGCUAAGAUACAAACUUGAAGGAACUGGGAUGAUGUCAGGAAGAGCCGAUGAUCACCUUGAGUACCUGGUGAAUACUUCCUUUAGCCACAAUCUCGUUCAGACAAGCGUGAGUGUCUCAGAAACCUUGGAUGUAACCAACAAAUUACAUGCAAAAGCCAAUUACAAGAUUGAAGCAUCUAGUCCCCUUGGUCUCCACGCUCGUCUCUGCUAUAUUGCCCAGUCAACUUCCACUCUAGACUCAGUUGAAGUCAGUGGAGAUGGCACCUUGGACGGAACACUGAAAAUUGGUUCUUUCUAUACCAACAGCUCCUAUAGCAACAGCUACAGCCUGCAUCAACUCAAGAAAAAAGGAAGUGGAGAGUCCAUCCUGCAUUUUCACUCACCAUUUCUGCAAAUUCACAACUCAAUACGCGGAGUCUAUGAUAACUCAGAGCUGAAAAUUGUCUCUGAAACAAAUGCCCAGAAAGACAUCCUCAAUCAUGUCGCUGAACUCAACUAUAAGGACUCACAACUAACCCUUAAGUGCAUUGGUGUUGCCAAAGCUGGGGGGAAAUUGCUUAGUAACAAAGUUGAUUUUGGUGUUUCCAGCCAUACAGUUGUCCUCAGAGUUGAAUCACAGGCAGAUGAUGAAACAAAUCGGGCAUACUCCCUUGUAACAGGCUCACUGAACUCAAGAAGGCUUGAAGUAAACUCAGAUGGACUGCUCACAAUUGAUGCAGGUCAAGGAUUGCACAAAGCAUCUGUUGUGAUUGACAAAAAUUGUCUGACCACAAGUGGAACUAAUAGUAUUCAAUAUGGCUCUGUGACAUUUGAGAAUAUCUUCAAUGUUGCCAUCGACGGUAAUGGAGCAUCACUGUCCUCCACGACUAAAACAAUGGCUGAGGAUGGUCGAGGUGAGCUCCAUAUUGAGAGUAAUAUCAAUGCUAAGGAAGUCUCUUUGUAUGGUGUCUUCAAUGGUAAUAUUUUCAAUGCUAGCACAAGAAAUAAUGUAAAGACUACACUGAACCGAAAAGCUUUCACCUUUACCAGCGAUACCAUGGCAGCACUGGGGCAGAUGAAAACAGAAAACAGCUACGCACUGACCCUCACUCUGUGGACCCUUGCUUUACGCACCAAGACUGGGAACUUCCUCUGUGAAGAGAUCUACUAUAAGCAAGAUACCCAGAUUGAUAUGAAGCCAUUUGUUAUGAAAGCUGACGCGACAUGCGUGUUCAAAUUGUACGAUGUCGGUUUCCAAAAUGAAGGCCACAUGAAGCUUGAGCCAGUUAAGGUGGGCCUGAGUGGAAGUACAAAUGCCGCUUAUGGAGAAGAACACAGCGUUAAGCACACAUAUGACAUCAGCUAUGAAGGCAUGGCUGGUACAAUAAAAUGCCACACUUUUGGAAAUGUGCUCGGUGCGCAUCUGAGUCAAACCUGUGCACUGGAGUUUGCUGGACUUUCCGCCGCGUCUUAUUAUGAGUCAAAAGUAAAUUCAGAGCCUCUACAUUUUGACAGCAUUAUACGCACUGCGGUGCUACCUUUCAGCCUAAAAGUUGAUGCCCUCAUCAACGGUAAUGCAGAGGUAUAUCUAUAUGGAAAGCACACGGGGCAACUGUAUAGUAAGAUGUUAGUUAAAGCUGAGCAUUUAAGUCUUGCAUACUCAUAUGACAGCAGAAUGUCAACCACACAUUCACAUUCAAAUGAGGAGUUAACCACUCACUUAGAUAACAAACUUGACAUUCUCCUAAUGCCUCGUGAUCAAGCUCUAAUGUGGAAAAUGAAAUCUAAACUACACAAUCACGCUUACAGCCAGGAGGUCAGUGCCUAUAACAACCCGCAGAAGACUGGAUUUAAUUUUUCAGGACUGAUGCGCACCGAUGCUUUCAACCAAUUGGACAGGAAUGCUGUAGCAGUACCCGGAGUGGAAGAAUUCUGUAUAACUGGUUUUCUUGAAUAUGAUAAGAAAAGUGGCUGUCGUGUAAUUCUGACACCGUUCAUUGACAUUUUCCCCGCCACUUUUGAACAAAUCAAAAAUACAUGUAUACAGGCUUUGGAAAAAUUCCAACAGUACAUUAACAAUCAAAAUAUUCAUCAGGUAAUAUCUGACUUUCAAGCCCGGUUAGAUCAGUUAUCAUUGCAAGUGAGUAGCCUGAUGGGAGACAUGGACUUUGAAAACAAAGUCAAUGAAAUGAAAGCAAAACUUGAUUAUUAUACUGAUGUGUUUUCCGUAACGCAGGAUGACUUGGAGCUAAUGGUAAACAACUUGAAAAGGGAUUUGGAAAAUAAGGUGCUAGUAAUCGCUACCAGAAUUAGAGACCUGAUUUUUACUGUUAAAGAAUAUGCCAGGAAAAGACACUUUUCGGACAAAAUAACAAAUGUGUUCAUGGUUACUGGAAAUCAUCUUCGUGCAUUUAACGAGAAGUACUAUAUCCAGGAAUCACUUCUUAAAGCCCUGCAUACCAUUGAGAACGGUGUUAAACAGAUUGAUUUAGAGAAGCUCACAGACAGCAGCACUGCUUGGCUGAGAGACUUCGAUUCAAACUAUGGAACUCUUGCGAAAAUCAAAGAAAUCCUGGCAAACAUACAACAUAAAAUUGAGAAUUUUGAUGUCAAGAUAUUAUCUCAGCAAAUAAAAGAGUUCCUGCUUUCAAUUGAGAUGGGAAUUGAGCAGCUGUCCUAUCAAAUUCCUAACACAGAGAUUGCAAAAGUGAUGGAAUCUAUGAACGAUGUUGUUGUCAACUGGAUUGAUGAAUAUGAACUCCCCAACAAACUCAAUGCAGUUCAUUCCUACAUCAGGGAUCACAUUUCAAAAUAUGGCCUGAGUAAAGAGCUUAAAGAAAUACUUGAUCAGGCUGUAGUUUUCAUCAAAAAGCUUAAAAUAGAAGACACUGUGCAGUCAGUGUUAAAUACUUUGAAAGAAAUCAACUUUGAAUUUGUUCAAGAUGAAAUUCUACAAUUUCUGCAAAGUGUGACACGUCAUCUCAGGGCAACCGAUUUAGAGAAGAGCUUGGAAGAAGUUAAUGAGCACGUUUCUUCAGCCCUGAAGUCACUGGAGGAAUUUGACUACAAUACAUUUGUUGAUGCGUGCAACAAGAACAUUUCAGAGUUAACGGCUUUCGUGAAUGAGAGAAUAAAAGCAUAUGAGAUUGUGUCAAAGCUUGAAGCUGUUAGAGAGUUUGUCAGAAAGAUUCAAAGUGCGUUUUUUAAAUUAAUCAACAAACUCCAAAACACAAAAGUGGGUGACUCUCUGAGGAAACUAAAGCAUGUGAUGGACAAUAUAUUUUACAAUGACAUAAUAAUGACAGUUCAGGAUGUCCUUGAAGACAUCAGACAGAGAAUUCUUGACAUGGAUAUCCAAGAAGAAGUGUACAUUUACCUCCAAAGAGCAAGCCAAUCCUACAGCAAUAUUGUUGCCUUUAUAUCUGCGAAGAUCAACCGACUGAUAGAGGAAAUGAACAAAAUGGUGAGGGACAAUGAAAUCCUCGGUCAGAUAAAGCAAACCAUUGAUGGAGUUUUAGAUAAGCUGAAUAAAGCUGAGCUACAUUUCCCCUCUUUUACUGUGCCUUUUACAGACCUAGUCAUUCCUGCAUUUGGAAUAGACCUGAAAAAACUGCAUGAAAUGACCAUUCCAGCAGAAAUCUCUAUCCCAGAGUUCAAUGUUCUUGGCUCAAUCACAGUCCCUGCCUUUACAGUAUCAUUUGAUGAGCUCAAAGCGCAAAUCAUUGCAACAAUAGAUGACAUAAAAGGAUUUGAAAUCCCCGGCAUUGAUGUUGAGGGUAUUUUUGGAGACUUAAAAGUCCUUUACAUAUUUGCAUUACCAGAUGUUACCUUCCCAGAAAUAACACUUUCGGAAAUCCAAAUUCCAAACAUCAGCAUCCCCAAAUUACACAUGAAGGACUUUGAAGUCACAGCAUUUCCAAUGCCAGCAAUCAGACUGCCUGACGUUCCUAAUAACAUUUGUGUCCCGGGGUUUGGAAAAUUCCAAGGUGGAUUUCAAGUGAGCUCUCCUGUGUAUACUAUUGUUUCUUCAGUAAAGUUCGAGAAUGCAACGUCCACUCCAGAAAACCCUCAGUUUACAGCCACUAUUACUUCUCGUGCCACAUCAGAUGUCCAGCUCCUGGAAUAUACCCUGGAAGCAAUGGCUCAGUUGGAGGCACCCGGAAUGCAGGAGCUAAAAUUCACAGAAACUCUGAAAGCUUCACAUUUGGCUUUCUCCAUUGAUCAUGAUGCAUCUUUGGUACUUGGAAGUUCUUUUGCUGAGGCCUCUGCAAAAACUGCAUCCAAGGCAACAACUUCAAUGUACACAGCAGACUUGGCCAACCAUUUGACAGUCUCACUGAGGAGUGGCGUCUCAGUAAAUACAAGCACGACCUACAAUCACAAUUUGGACACACCGUCAAUAGGAAUUUCAAGUCAGGCAUCAGUGAAACAUGACAUGGCAGCGACAGCUGAAUCUGGCAGAAUUACGUUGAGUAGUAAAACAGCUGGUCAAGGAAAGUGGUCCAUCAAGAACUACUCUGAUGAAGGCACACAUGAAAGUGAUUUAGAAAUCAAUGUCAGUUUCAGCGCUGCCAAGUUUACUUUCGUAGGCGAUACAGAUUGUACAUUAUUCAAGUUCAAGCAAAUGAUGAAAGCUGAAUCGGUUACCCUUAUACGUAUUGUUGUGGAAGCAAAAUGUGAAGCUGAAGCUCCAUUUUUGAAAAAGAGUGUCAUUGCGGCUCAUGGAGAAGCCCAUGUUGAGGACUUGAAAGUUGCACUGACAGCCCAUCAUGAUUCAGAACUCAGCGGAAGAGCGACUGGUUCCAUUUCCAACUCUCUGGAUUUUGUGGCCCAUCCAUUUGCGGCUGUUGUUGAUGUGAAGAAUAAAGCAAAAUUAAAGAUGCGCUUCCCCCUGAAACUUACUGGCAAUGUGUAUCUCCAGCAUGACUACGGUGUCAAGGUCAGUUCCGAGAAGCAACAGACUUACUGGAUUGGUUUGGUCAGAUUCAACCAAUACAAGUGUAAUCACAACAUUGCUGCAAAAAAUGAUUUCAUGAACGUUACCUUCAACUUACAGGCUCAUGGAGAAGCCAAUGUGGACUUUUUGACUGUUCCUCUCUCAGUACCAAUGAUGACUGUACCUUUUCUGGGAAUUACAACUCCUGAAGUUCGAGACUUUUCUCUGUGGGAGAAUGCUGGAUUCAAAACCUUGCUGACCACUCCUCAACAAUCAUUUGAUACAAACGUGUCGCUUACUUACAGCAAGAACCCUCAUGUACAGUAGCUUUGAAUUGAGUAUAGAACCAAUAUAGAGUGCCGUUAAUGACCGUGCCAACACAAUAGUCGUCCCACACUACAUCGUGGUUCAAACAUCGCUCCCUCACUCUAUCACAGUUUUUUGAAAAUGUAUUAAUUAAUAAAUGAUUGCUGUUUCAUGGUUGAAUAAUAUCCUAUUAUUAGUCAAAAAUAUUGAAACACAAGUUAUAUGUAGUAUUCCUAGGCGUCAGUAAUGUUACAUUAAUGAGACAUGACAUUAUAUUGCAUUACCUUCACGGUGUAUGUAAUCAGCCAUGGCAUGUCCGUUCUCCCAUUCCGUGUGGAAGUGAUACGUUUUUUUCUUCUUAGUUUGCCCUUCCUCCCCACUCUGAAACACUUUCUUAACGUUAGAAUAAGUACACUGGAGAGGCUAACUAGUUAGCUCGGUAGCUUGGUAUGCUAUUGUGGCUGUCUUUUAUGUCCCUGCAGUGAUCCCGUAGCCUGCACAAUGUGGUGUAAACAAAGAAUAAUAGGAGUGUAAAGGUGACUAUAGGGCUGUUAUUUCAUGUCUACAGGGCUCUAACAAUGUUAAAAGCCGUAUUUACAAAUUCAUAAACAGGUUUUCUAUGCCUGCCUUCAAGUCUGUUUAUAGCAACAUCCGUUGCACUCUGCACCAUUGUGAAGGUUCCCUCCCCCAUCUGUAUUGUCUUAACUGCCAAGGUGGGCAAAAAUGACUUUAAAUGAGUAACCUUGCUGAAUUCCAUGUGCAUUUCCAUCUAGAUCUUCUUACAGUAUGACCUUGCUGCUAAGAAAGACAUAUUUAUGGCACAUAACCUACACUUGUGAUGCUACAUAACAUUUUACAUUGCUAGAUCAAAGCCAUUGAUUGGCUCGUAUCGUAUUUUAUUUUUUCUAUGUCCCCGUGGACAAUGCAAUAUUUAAAUUGGAAAACGGUCUUCUGAGUGUGAACUGUCACUUGAUGCACAAUGAUGUUUUUUUUUCCACAAAACAUGUUUACAUGGUUUUGAUUAUAUUUGAAGUCAAAGUGUUUUCCAAUAGUUUCUUUUGUUUAGAUAUUUUGCGCUAUUGACUUUAUUUUGCUCAUACAAAUGUAUGUAAUACAAGGGAAUAGAAGAACAAUGUUAUUAUUUUGUGAUAUUGCUCCGUUGUCUUACAUUGUUGUAUUUAUAUAUUUCUAAAUUGUCCACAAUAAAUUUCUAACUUGGUCAUAUUUUUUGU